UAGUUAACAAGUGUUAACUAAUUAACCUUGUUGUAAAGUGUUACUGUAAACUCUUUUAAUGCUGUUUUGUAUGUUUUAACACAAGUGAAUGUGCCGAUGAAGUAAAAGAAAAUUGAAUAUUCACGUCAUUCAAUCUUGUUUAAAGAGCUAUAAAGUGUGUCCUUGAAUAUGCACCAAAUCACAUAAGAUUUAAUUUAAUGUAAGAUUUAAUCUAAAAACUAAUCAAUAGCAAAGUUGUAAAGACAUUAGAUUAUUAAAGGUUGAUAAAGGCCACAUAUCGAUCAGAACAGACAUUUAUGACCCUGAACGAAUGGCUCCUGCACCAGUAGAAGGAGAUCAGGAUGGUGUGGGUUAACAGCAUCAUAGCCAUAUAAUCACCAACCCCCUUCAUAUCACCAAAGACGCAGUGUACUCAGACGGCCAUUGCAGCAGCAUCAAGAGCGUCUAAGAAAUGUCACAAAUAAACAUCGAAUAGAAGGUGGAGAAUCUGCAGGGGAAGAUAAGUGUGCCGAGCGUUCAUCUAAAGAGGAUUUAUGGUGAAACGAGGCUGUGAAUAGGUGCUUUUGGGUUGAUGACCGGCCGUAAAACACAGACGGGAGAGAUGAGGAAGGAUGAAACAAAGGAAGGAGUAAAAGAGAGAGAGUGAAAUGGUGGUAGAUAAAGCACAAGACGGGACCAUGAGCUCUGUGCCACCUUACGACUCGCUACCAGCUCGGCCGAGCCCUUGCCGUGCAAAAGAGUGGGAAAGAGAGCUGCACGGUGCUCAAAGACUGUCUUCCCCACUUCGUCCUGCUUUACCCUCCAUUUCCCGACGGCCUUCUGUGCUUCCUGGAUAUCUGCUCUCACCCUCCCGAGAGUACACUGACCAACAACGUCUUUCAUUAUCGCUGUGCUCGGAGGCCUCGCUGGCGCCCCCUGUGCCUGCUGUGGGUGCCGCCCCACCGUGCUGCCGGGCGGUGGGAGUCAUGCCCUUGCUGCGCCUUGCACUCCUGAUUUUCAGCUUCCUUUUUUGGGCUGCAGGUCUUGCAAUCUUCACCCUAGGUGUCUGGGCGCAGGCUUCAUUGUCCGAUUACAUGCUUCUCUCUGCAAACCGCUACCCAAAUGCGCCCAUCAUCUUGUUAGGUACAGGUGCUGCUGUGACCGCUUGGGGCUUUUUGGGAUGUUUGGGAGUGGCUGCCAACCUUCCUUACCUUCUGCGGGCAUAUGGCUUCUUCCAGUUGGCCACACUCAUGGGUGGACUAGCAUUGGGUCUCUCAGGGCUCUUUUACAGGGAGAAUAUUGCUGAAGGUUUCCGUAGCGGGCUUAAGAAAGCUGUUUUGGACUAUGGAGAAGAUGAGGGCCAUGCAGAUGCGCUGGACAGCCUGCAGAGGGCGCUUGAGUGCUGUGGCGCCGAGGGUUGGCGCGAUUGGCUCAUGUCCGAUUGGGCUAUUCAAGAUUCUGUUUACUCAACAGGAAGUUCGGGGAAUGAUUCCUCCACUUUGUCAUUACCAGACAGUUGUUGUAUUAAACGUAAAGGCUGUCGCAAUAGACCCUUGCCAGAGAGUGGAUUCCGGAACAUCAAGCUUGCAGGGAUUCACACUCAUGGUUGUUUCCUCAAAGUCUUCAGCUUGGUAAAUGACAACGUCUUUCAUAUUGCAGCAACAGUCCUGGGUCUUGCUUUCACACAGGUGGCAGGUAUAGCCCUCACAUGUCUGCUUGCCAAUCGUCUUUCACCCAGACUGCAAAGACAAGCUCAUUGAAAUAAAAAAAGCAUCAUGAAUUUAAUUUCUCUAGACUUUCAUAUACUUACUGCAGUUUUUUGAGUUCAGAUCAGUUUAGAAACCAGUUACCAUUUUUUGGACAAAUGCAACAAAUAAACACUGCAAGUGUGUUGUAAACAUUAUUGAAUGUCUAGUAAAAUAUGUGCAUUAUCUUAUAUAUAAUUAACUUUCUGAUUGUUGCAUGACUCUGAAUGACUAAUGUUUUUGUCCAAUAGUCCAUUUAGCUUCCAUUACUGACUUAAAUAUUAUGUAUAAAAAGUUAUAAAUCGUCUAUAUACCGUAUCUCGUAUUCUGUAAAUUUUCUAUUUAUGGCCCUUUAGAUAUGUAACACUGAUUGUGGAGUGCAUGGGGUUUCUAAACAGUAUACUGACUUGCUCUUGAAUGCUUCACCGGCAGGUAAUUGUACCUUGAUUAUAUAAAUAUUGUCAAUUAAAAGAAAGAAAAAAGACAAAAAUAGGUAUUUUUAAAAAAAAAUAAACAUAAAACAAUAACAAUAUUAUAGAAUUGCAUGACCAAAUGCACAAUGUUGUUGUAUUAAACCUUGCAGUUUUAGUGACAAUAAUGUGAUUAUUCAUAAUUGUGAAUUGCCACUUGUAACCCAUUUCAUUUGACAUUCUGA